CGAGCCCGCGGCCGCUUCCCCGGCGCCGAGCAAGCAGCCAGCUGCGGUGGCGAGCGACGGCUGCGCGGCCAUGGGCACGCCAGUGUCGCCAUAGGACCGGCGCGCAGACCACAGCCUUAACGGCGGCCGCUGCAGCCUCCUCAGAAGCCUUCCCGGGCGGCGGCGGCCACCGGAGCGGUGCGACCGGGAUGAGCGGGAGCAGCGCGGCGCCCGGCCCGGGCUCCUCCCCGGCCGCCUGCCGCUUCGCGCACUACUUCGUGCUGUGCGGAAUCGACGCGGACAGCGGGCUGGAGCCCGACGAACUGGCGGUUUUGUACCAAUGGCUCGAAGCAGAUCGUCAUGGCAAGAGCCAAGAUGCUGCAAAUACGACUUCAGGCGAAAAUUUUGACCAGAGUCCUUUGAGAAGAACAUUCAAAUCCAAAGUUCUCGCCCACUAUCCUCAGAAUAUUGAAUGGAACCCUUUUGAUCAAGAUGCCGUGAAUAUGUUGUGCAUGCCUAAAGGGCUGUCUUUCAGAACACAAACUGACAAUAAAGACCCUCAGUUUCACUCGUUUAUAAUUACCAGGGAAGAUGGUUCUCGCACCUACGGUUUUGUUCUCACUUUUUAUGAAGAAGUUACAAGCAAGCAAAUCUGCACAGCCAUGCAGACUCUGUACCAGAUGCACAACGCUGAGCAUUACAGCAGCGUGUACGCGUCAUCCUCCUGCAGCAUGGACUCACUGGCAAGCAGUAUUGAUGAGGGAGAUACAACUUCCCUUUUGAAACUUCAGCGAUACAACUCCUACGAUAUCAGCAGAGACACCUUGUAUGUUUCCAAAAGCAUAUGCUUGAUCACACCGCUACCUUUCAUGCAGGCCUGCAAGAAAUUCCUCAUCCAGCUUUACAAGGCAGUUACCUCACAGCAGCCGCCACCCCUGCCACUUGAGAGCUAUAUCCAUAAUAUUCUCUAUGAAGUUCCCCUUCCACCUCCAGGGAGAUCACUGAAAUUUUAUGGUGUUUACGAACCUGUCAUUUGCCAGAGGCCUGGGCCCAAUGAACUUCCCCUUUCUGAUUACCCACUUCGAGAGGCAUUUGAGCUCCUGGGAUUAGAGAACCUGGUACAGGUGUUUACCUGUGUCCUUUUAGAGAUGCAGAUCCUUCUCUACUCACAAGAUUAUCAGCGCCUGAUGACUGUGGCGGAAGGCAUCACCACCCUUUUGUUCCCAUUUCAAUGGCAGCAUGUGUAUGUACCCAUCCUCCCUGCUUCUCUGCUACAUUUUCUUGAUGCUCCUGUCCCUUAUCUGAUGGGCCUUCAGUCAAAAGAAGGAACUGACCGUUCUAAACUAGAACUUCCUCAAGAGGCUAAUUUGUGUUUCGUGGAUAUUGACAACCAUUUUAUUGAAUUGCCUGAAGAAUUUCCACAGUUUCCCAAUAAAGUGGAUUUUAUCCAGGAGCUCUCAGAAGUUCUUCUUCAGUUUGGGAUCUCUCCUGAGGGCAGCCUACACUGCAGUGAGAGUACCACUAAACUAAAGAACCUAGUUCUGAAAGACUUGGUUAAUGACAAAAAGAAUGGCAAUGUCUCCACUAAUAACAUCAGCAUGUAUGAGAUUCUUAAGGGCAAUGAAACCAUAGCCCGACUACAGGCUCUGGCCAAACGGACUGGCGUGACUGUGGAAAAAAUGGACCUCUCUGCUUCUCUGGGUGAAAAAGACAAGGAUGUAAAACUGCAGUGUGAAGAGGCAGAGCUAAGGGACUACCAGCUCAAUGUGCAGCUCCGAGAGGUCUUCGCUAACCGCUUUACACAGAUGUUUGCAGAUUAUGAAGCAUUUGUGAUUCAGACUGCCCAGGACAUGGAAUCCUGGCUUACCAACCGGGAACAGAUGCAGAACUUUGACAAAGCUUCCUUUCUGUCUGACCAGCCUGAGCCUUACCUGCCAUUUCUUUCACGCUUCAUUGAAACACAGAUGUUUGCCACCUUCAUUGACAAUAAAAUUAUGUCUCAGUGGGAAGAGAAAGAUCCCUUGCUUCGGGUCUUUGACUCUCGGAUUGAUAAAAUAAGGCUCUAUAAUGUCAGGGCACCCACCUUGCGGACAUCUAUAUAUCAGAAAUGCAGCACUUUAAAAGAAGCAGCCCAAUCAAUUGAGCAGAGACUAAUGAAAAUGGAUCACACUGCAAUCCAUCCACAUCUGCUUGAUAUGAAAAUUGGUCAAGGCAAAUAUGAGCAAGGUUUCUUUCCAAAGUUACAGUCCGAUGUCUUGGCAACAGGACCAACCAACAACAAUCGCUGGGUAAGUCGGAGUGCCACUGCACAGCGCAGGAAAGAGCGCCUUCGCCAGCAUUCUGAGCACGUGGGGCUGGACAACGACUUGAGGGAGAAAUACAUGCAAGAGGCACGAAGUUUAGGCAAAAACCUGAGGCAACCCAAAUUGUCAGACCUGUCUCCUGCGGUGAUUGCACAGACCAACUGGAAAUUUGUAGAAGGCUUAUUAAAAGAAUGCAGAAUGAAGACAAAACGCAUGCUGGUAGAAAAGAUGGGACAUGAAGCAGUGGAACUGGGCCAUGGAGAAGCAAAUAUCACCGGCUUGGAGGAGAACACCUUAAUCGCCAGCCUCUGUGACCUACUGGAGAGGAUAUGGAGUCAUGGCUUACAGGUCAAGCAGGGGAAGUCAGCUUUGUGGUCGCAUCUAAUUCAGUUUCAGGACAGAGAAGAGAAGCAGGAGCACCUUGCAGAAUCGCCAGUUGCCCUUGGACCAGAAAGAAGAAAAUCUGACUCAGGAGUAGUAUUGCCAACACUCAGGGUCUCUCUUAUCCAAGACAUGAGGCAUAUUCAAAACAUGAGUGAGAUCAAGACUGAUGUCGGAAGAGCUCGGGCAUGGAUAAGAUUGUCUUUAGAAAAGAAGCUCUUGUCCCAGCAUCUCAAACAAUUGCUCUCUAACCAUCCACUCACCAAGAAGCUUUAUAAGCGUUACGCUUUUCUGCGUUGUGAAGAAGAAAGAGAGCAGUUCCUUUACCAUCUUCUUUCUCUCAAUGCUGUGGACUAUUUCUGCUUCACCAGUGUGUUCACCACUAUCAUGAUUCCAUACAGAUCAGUGAUUAUCCCAAUCAAAAAACUGAGCAAUGCAAUCAUCACAUCAAACCCUUGGAUCUGUGUAUCAGGAGAGCUAGGAGACACAGGAGUAAUGCAAAUUCCCAAAAACCUCCUUGAAAUGACUUUUGAGUGCCAGAACUUGGGGAAGCUGACCACUGUUCAGAUUGGUCACGAUAACUCAGGAUUAUUAGCCAAAUGGCUAGUGGAUUGUGUCAUGGUCAGAAAUGAAAUCACAGGACAUACAUACAGAUUCCCAUGUGGGCGGUGGCUGGGAAAAGGCAUUGAUGACGGGAGCCUGGAGAGAAUCCUUAUUGGAGAACUGAUGACCACAGCAGCAUCGGAUGAGGACCUAGUGAAGCAGUGUCGGACUCCGCCCCAGCAGAAGUCCCCUACCGUGGCCAGGAGAUUGAGCAUUACGUCACUAACAGGAAAGUCGACCAAACCCAAUGCUGGGCAGAUCCAAGAAGGAAUUGGAGAAGCUGUGAACAAUAUUGUGAAACAUUUUCACAAACCUGAAAAAGAGAGAGGGAGCCUCACAGUGCUGCUCUGUGGAGAAAAUGGUCUGGUCGCUGCGCUGGAGCAAGUUUUCCACCAUGGGUUCAAAUCUGCUCGCAUCUUUCACAAGAAUGUCUUCAUCUGGGACUUCAUAGAGAGAGCAGUCGCUUAUUUUGAAACAACUGACCAGAUUCUAGACAAUGAAGAUGAUGUCCUUAUUCAGAAAUCAUCCUGCAAAACCUUCUGCCACUAUGUAAAUGCUAUUAAUACAGCACCCAGGAACAUCGGGAAGGAUGGCAAAUUCCAGAUUUUAGUUUGCCUUGGAACACGGGACCGCCUGCUCCCACAGUGGAUCCCGCUGUUAGCCGAGUGUCCUGCCAUCACUCGAAUGUAUGAAGAGAGCGCCCUCCUGCGAGACCGCAUGACCGUCAACUCCCUCAUCCGGAUUCUGCAGACCAUUCAGGAUUUCACCAUAGUUUUAGAAGGAUCACUCAUCAAAGGAGUGGAUGUGUAACCCACCUGGCUAGAAACUCUCAGUCCAAACUUGCUCCUGAUCCUUCCCCAACCAUGGGAACUGAUUUGGGCUUGUCUGACAUUAGUGAGUCGCUACAGGGGAGGGGCAAGCCUACCUUAUGCCCCAUUUUGAACAAUCCUCACUCUACAGACAAGGCAAAAUGUUGUAUUGUAGUUCAUUUGAACCUGAAAUUUAGUAUAAAAUAGAAUAUUUUCAUGUGUUAGAUGUCUGUAAAUAUGCUAUCUUCUUUAAGAAAUUAUAUUACUGUAAUAAGAUGCUUUUCUUAGAUUGAAUAUUACCUGUGACUUCAAAUAAGUAGCUUCAUAAUAUUGGGGUUGGGGGGGAAGAGUGGUGCUAGUAAGGAAGAAGCCAGUAAACAUGUAAAUACAGUGCAACACAGUUGGGCCUUUUUUUUUUUCCUCCAGGUAUCACAAAGGAGCCCAGAAUGCGUGUCACGUAGUAGCCAUCCAUCCUGGUGUCUGAUCCUUUGUGUUGUGAAUGUACACAGCUUUACCUACUGUAUGGACAUCCUCACUUGCAUCUUUUAAGUUACAAACUGUUUUAUAUAUUUGAAUUGUGAGUCACUUUUCCAGUCUUUUGGAAACAUUUUUUUGUCGGCACAAGAUGAAGAUAUAAUUCAAGUAUUUUAAAUACUAGACCCCAGGAGCUUGGCUGAACUAGAAAGAGAACACACAAAGCCCUGAGAAGUGUGUUAAAUUGUGGGAUUAUAACUUCUUUACACUUCGGAGAGAUUAGCCUAGACUAACUUCAUUCUUGGCAUUUUUAUUUUUGUGAUUUGAGGUACUUUGGGGAAAUGUGAAUGUCAAAGUGUUAGACUCCUGGUCGUAAGCACUGCACAGGGCAGUUUGAUUCUGUAUUUGUGAUAUGGCCAUCUGAACUCUUCAGGAUAAUCAGGAGGCCUGUCUUUGUGAGGUUCCCAGGGCCCCCCCUCCCCAUCUGUGCCCAUCCCCCCUCAGGAAAUGGAAGGAAUGUGUAAGGAGGAGGAGGGCUCUGGAUGGGUUGGAAUGUUUUUGUGAAAGUAUUUGUUGACCAUGAUAAUGCAAAUAACAGAAGGAAAGAGAAAGAAUGAAUCCUUUCUGGGCAUUUCAGAGCAAGCUUAAUGUUCCUUUGUAAGAAGGGCUGAUAAUGUAAAACAACUAACCCAGAGAAGUUAAAAGCCACUGCAGCACAGACUGACAAAAUGGAAGCAAGGCAAAAGUCAACAACUUUGAAAGACCAAAGGUUGCGAGUAACUUUCCAGUUUGAUAUUUUAUAAAGAAGUUAAGUAAACACAGUGUUAGCUAGUUGCCAUAACUCUUCGUUUUCUGGUAGGUCCUCUAACUGUAGUUAGGCAUUUGCACAUUGUUAGGAGCAAAAUCGUCUCAGCAGAGCUCCAGGUUUUAUUCUCACUUGUGGGUGGGAAGCAAAGCUGUGGCCUCUCAGAACCAUGUGCAGUGUGAGGGUCCUGGCGUCAGCCAACAGUGUUAUGUCCCUUACUUCCCGGAGGAAGAAACUAAUGAAACAAGUGCCUCCCUUGUAUCAAAUACUGUAUUUAGCCAAGAAACAGCCCCAUUUAACAUGUGACUUUGUACUUGAGAAAAAGGGAAGCUGACGGCUGCAUUUAGAAACCCGUAGAAAUGGUUUAAAAAUAUGGUUCUGGGGGACCUGGGUAGACCAGAUAUUUGUUUGCCUAAAGCUAAAGUUUGUCUACAGUGGUGUGGCUGUUCCAGGGACAUCAGAAAUCUGUCACGGGACAUAUUCAGAACCUGAUUGACAUUGGACUCUGGCUUCGUUCAGUGAUCAUAAACUAUAGAACGGUUCAAUCCAGGAUUUUGUUCUUGUCACCUUUUUCAUAAGGUCAUGCUUCUGACAUGCUUUGGGCAACCAGAGAGAUUACCUAGGUUAGUAUGAUAGAAUUGUGCCGUCUCGUCCAGCUUACUUACAGAUGGGAAUACUUAAGGGUGAGAGAGAUUAAAUUCUUUUUUUUGUUCGUUUUUGAGACAUUCUCACUAUGUCAUCCUCUAGAGUGCUAGGGCAUCAUAGCUCACAGCAACCUCAAACUCUUGGGCGUUAGCGAUUCUCUUGCCUCAGCCUCCCAAGUAGCUGGGACUACUGGCACCUGCCACAAAGCCCAGCUAUUUUUUAUUGACAGUUGUCAUUGUUUAGCUGACCUGGGCCGGGUUUGAACCUGCCAGCCUUGCUGUACAUGGCUAGCACUGUAACCACUGUGCUAUGGGCACCAAGCCAAGAGAUAAAAUUCUUACUCUUAACCCCACAGCUGGUCAUUAACAAUACAGGGUCUAGAAUUCAUGGGUUUUUAAAUUAUAUCAGGCUGCAAGGGACUGGCCUUCCAGGCAUUCUUUCUCCUGUUGGAUCUUUAUUCAUCUGCCUCUAAGAGUAGGAAAUGAAGAUUAAUAUCUAUAAGGAUUAAUAUUCAUUUUAACACAUUGCACUCGUCAUUGAGCAUUAUAUCUGUUGUAAAAACCACGAGCAAAGGGCGGCGCCUGUGGCUCAGUCGGUAAGGCGCUGGCCCCAUAUACUGAGGGUGGCGGGUUCAAACCCGGCCCCGACCAAACUGCAACCAAAAAAUAGCCAGGCAUUGUGGCAGGUGCAUGUAGUCCCAGCUACUCAGGAGGCUGAGGCAAGAGAAUCGCUUAAGCCCAGGAGUUGGAGGUUGCUGUGAGCUGUGUGAGGCCACUACCAAGGGCCAUAAAGUGAGACUGUCUCUACAAAAAAAAAACAACAAAAAAACCACGAGCAAAGUUGAAUUUGAGGCAUGUGAAUAAAACUGUUCCUUUAAAAAGUAUUUCCAAAACAGUUAUACCUGAAGUAUCAUCUUCAACUUGGAGUAGUAUGCCUGUAAUAGUGAAAAAUGAGUGAUCAGACCCUCAGCCCUUGGUCACCUUGGGAACCUGAGUACUUACUCCAGUGAUAGGGCUACCUCUGAACACCUGGUACCCCUGUUCUCAGCUGUUUGAGUGGCCUACACCCCAUUCUUUUGAAUAAUUCUUUCAGAAUUAGUAUUUGGAAACAACAUUCCUUAGGAUCUAAGUUUGAUGAAUAAAAAGAAUUUUGAAGGUGAUUUUGUUGUGAUAAAGAAAUAAGGCUUAGUUUUUAUGUGACUUUUAACGUCUCUCAGUCAAUACCAAAAUAUAAUGAACACAACAGUAUCAGGAUGGCUAAACUAAAUGUAUGUAGCAUCUUAAGCUCACUUUUGGAAGGACCGUUCCCAUAUAAAAGUAUCUUUUCUGCUAUUUUAAAUUAAUAUAUUGUUGUAGAAUUACAACUCAAAGUAAAUAAAAAUCCAUUUUUUAAUUUUUUUUUUCUCCAAAUAAAACUAAAUGCCUGGGACCAUACUUAGUAUUUUCACUUAAUAAUAGCUUGAAAAGAAAUUGUUUUAAAAUUCAAUUGCCAAGGCCAGGCAUGGUGGCUCACACUUGUAAUCCUAGCAUUCUGGAGCCCAAGGUGGGUGGAUUGCUUUAGCUCAGAAGUUGGAGAAAGGCCUGAGCAAGACUGAGACCCUUGUCUUUACUAAAAUUAGCUGGGUGUGGUGACUGGUGCCUAUAGUCCCAGCUAUUUGGAAGGCUGAGGCAAGAGGAUUGCUCGAAUCCAGUUAGUUUUUUGUUUUGUUUUGUUUUUUUGUAGAGACAGAGUCUCACUUUACCACCCUCGGGUAGAGCCGUGGCGUCACACGGCUCACAGCAACCUCUAACUCCUGGGCUUACGCGAUUCUCUUGCCUCAGCCUCCCAAGUAGCUGGGACUACAGGCACCCGCCACAACGCCCGGCUAUUUUUUUGUUGUUGUUGCAGUUUGGCCGGGGCUGGGUUUGAACCCGCCACCCUCGGCAUAUGGGGCCUGCGCCCUACUCACUGAGCCACAGGCGCCGCCCAGUUAGUUUUUUUUUUAUUAUUAUUGUUGGGGAUUCAUUGAGGGUACAAGAAACCAGGUUACACUGAUUGCAUUUGUUAGGUAAUUGUGUCUUGCCCCCAAAAGGUGUGUCUCACACUGAGACCCCCCUCUUCCUCCCCUCUCUCUGCUUUUCCUUUCCCCCACUCCCUCCCUUUUCUCUCUCUCUGCUCUCCUCUUCCCCCACCCCCCCCACCAUGUACGAGGUCAUUAAUUGUUCUCAUACGAGAAUUGAGUACAUUGGUCAGUCCAGUGAGUUUGAGGUUGCUGUGAGCUAUGAUAACCAUAGCACGCUACCAAGGGUGACAGAGUAAAGCUCUGUCUCAAAAAAAAAAAAAAGAGAGGGAGAGAAGGAGGGAGGGGGUGGGGGAAAGGAAGAGCAGAGAGAGGGAAGGACAGAGGUGGGUGGGGGUCAGUGUGUGACACAUCUUGUACACUCAAUGAAUCCCCAACAAUUAAAAAAAAAAUUGCCAAAAAUACUACUUUUUUUUUUUUUUUUGAGACUAGGUCUCACUCUGUUGCAUGGGGUAGAGUGCAGUGGCAUUAUCACUGCAACUCCUGGGCUCCAGCAAUCCUCCUCCUGCCUGCCUCAGUCUGCUGAGUAGCUGGGGCUAUACGUACAUGCCAUCAUUCCUAAUUUUUCUUUUUUUUUGUAGAGAUAGGAUCCUUGCUUCAUUGCCCAGGUGGGUCUUGAACUCCUGGCUUCUAGUAAUCCAACUUAUCAAAGUGCUAGGAUUACAGGCAUAAGUAAGCCACUGUGCCCAGCCCAAAGUAGUUUUCAAAUGCCCUAGAACUCCUAAUCUAAACCUUUGUGGCACAGUGGCUUUAUACCCAUGUUAGUAUUAUGUAUGAGAUCUGUGCCCUGGUCAGUGCCUUACAAAUGACUGAGGCCAUGUGAAGUAAUAAAACAGGGGUCUAGGUGAGAAAAAGCCUCUCUCUGCCAAGGGCAAAAAUAAAGCCCCUCCCACCCCACCUCACCCCUGUUUUCCAUUGGGAAUGAAGAUUUGCUACAAGAAACCUAAAAUGAGCAAAAGUUUGGAUUUCCCUCUAAAAUUUAUUUCAAAUGUUUUACACAUUUUUAUAUAUUUUUUAACCCUGUGGUAUUUAUUUUAACAUGGCUGUCUUUAAAAAAUAAUCUUCAUGAACUUCUGUCACACUAAUGAUGUAGGGGAAAUACUGAAUUGCUCUUAUUUUCUUUUUUGGCAAUAAAGCACUGUUUGUAAAUGUAAUUGAAAAAGAAAAGUUAGGAAUAUAUGUAACAUUUUCAGUAUGGUACCUGUGAUAAAAUUUAUUUUUAAAUUAAAAAAGAAAAGACUAUACAUAACAGCAAUGUGUAGUAUAUGUUGACAGCCCUAAGAUAUUUUGAAACAUGAGGCAACAGAUGAGGACCUCAGAUCCCCAGGGAAGUAUUUCUUUGCUGCAUUGGGAGUACAGCUCUUCAUAAUGAAAUACCUUCUUUCAACUAAGAAUUAUGAUUUUUCAAUAAGUUCUUCAUUUAGGAACUAUGAGUAUUUUCUGUGAGGUUUAUAGAACUAAGUUAUCCUUGUCACUAUUUUGACAGGACUGUUUGAACUUGAGCUCUUUGUAUUUCAGUAUUAACACCCCUUCACUGAUAGAGAGUCUUGAGCCCUUCUCUGUUUUUAUAAAGUGAGUCCUAUUUCCAAGUCCUCUGUCUUUUCAAGUCUCUGUUUCUUACAUAUUUAUUACAUGACCAUUUAGCAAAACAGGAGACAGAAAAAAAUAAUGAACUAUUAGAUCCCUUUUUCCUGUUAAAUACACUUAUAAAUCUCUUGACUCAACUGAAUUCCAGACUUUUUGAAGGAGUUGCUAAUGUAGUGUGAUCAAAAGAAUCAAAGGAGAACUUGAUUCUCCAAAAUCUUACUAGAGCUGAUGGCCCUGUCAGGGACAAGGUACAGAUUGGCUUUAGAAAGAUAUCACAUUAAGCUAGAGUGAAGAAAAGUCUCCAAAAAAGUUUCUCCUCACUUGAAAGGAUCCAGAGUAUUCUAGGGUCAUGUAGGCAGGAGUCAUGCCUGGUCCAGUUACUUGAAUGUACUUGUGUGGAUCCAGUUUUCAUUCUAAACACCAAAUCUUGAUGACAGUGGGAAGGUAUAGUAAGGAGUUCUGUUGUCAGACAAAUGAGGGUGUGAAAUAAAUAGAAAAAAAUCCUCUGUGUUACACUUGAACCAUGUAUAAAUGUCCAUUGCGUAUCGUUUUUGAAAGUUAGCAUUUCUGCAUUUAAAUUAUAUUGUUUUUGUUUGUAUUGUUAACAAAAUGCAUCAGAACUGGAUUUUUUUCUCAUUUGAACACAAUAUAAAAUUUAGAGUAUUGUGAUAUUAAGCACUUUAACAUACAUAUCAGACAAACUGACGUGGGUUUUUCAGGUUUUGAAGUACAUUUAAAUAAGACUUUUCAUGCUUUGUUCUUUACAAAUAAAACUGUGGGGUUGA